UCUCUCUCUCUCUCCAUGCUCUCCCUCCAUAAAAACUCUCUCCAUCUUUACUCACCCAUCUCAAGCAACAACGCCAUCUCUCUCUCUCUAAACAUUUUUCUGGUUUUUUUUUUUUUUGGCCACCACUUUCUGGGUUCAGCUGAAUUCAACUUGUUACGACACAAUGAAAACUGCAGACACAAACUCCUCCUCAACUGAGCUCCAAGACCAUGGCAAUAGUACUGCACCCCAAACUGAAAUCCUCAUUCCAAUUCACAAGAUAGAUAAUCCCUCUGCAAUAGCGUCAGAAACACCCAAUCCCAAGCAUUGGAAGAAACAAAACCUCUUCUUGGAAGUACCCACAAGAAGAUUACAGGUCUCUCCUCAUGAUGAAUUCGUUCAAAUCAAGAUGCCUCCAACCCCAACACCCACUCCCAAGAAAGUGAAUUUCGUCCUCACACCAAGCCCUUCCGAUGCCAGAACAAUUGGCUCUCCAGGACCCUCCUCAGCCAGAGGCAAAUCGGGGUUCAAAAAUCUUCUACCGAAGCUGAGCUUCAAGGCUCGGAGUUCUCAGUCAGAUGCAGAGAGAGCUACUGCAAAUCCAGAUGUUGAAGCUUCGUCUCCAUUGCCUUUACCGCAAGAGAAGCCUUCUAUCUCGAGGUCAUGGUCGCUUACCAGAAUUUUUACUCCCAGGAUGAGGAGUACAACAUCUUCUCUACCUGUUACUCCAGUUGGGCAAUCGAAUCCGGAAUCAAUUGGUGGAGAAAACCUUGGAGGUUUAGUCAAUUUGAAUACAAAAGGAGCCCCUCGCCAGAUAUCUCGCUCACUUUCGGUCCCUGUCAUCAGAAAAGAAAGAAGAAUGAAGAGAUCAGAUUCAUUUUUCCGCGUGAUUCCCUCAACUCCUCGAGUGAAGGAAGUGGAUUCCACCAUGCCAAAUGCAACAACUCCAACUGGAGACACUGAAAACAAUGAAGAUGACGGUGAAGAUAUACAUGAAGAAGAGGCUGUUUGUAGAAUUUGUUUGGUCGAGUUAUGUGAAGGCGGCGAGACCCUCAAGAUGGAAUGCAGCUGUAAAGGUGAACUUGCUUUGGCUCAUAAAGAGUGUGCUAUAAAAUGGUUUAGCAUCAAAGGUAACAAGAUCUGCGAUGUGUGCAAGCAAGAGGUUCAAAAUUUAUCUGUCACACUUCUACGGGUUCAAAGUGUUCAAAAUCCAAAUUCUGGAGCAAAUAGAGCCCUACAGAUGGAAAUUAAUGGAUACAGGAUUUGGCAGGAAGUGUCUAUUCUUGUCAUUGUCAGCAUGCUUGCCUACUUUUGUUUUCUCGAGCAGCUUCUGGUUGGAAAAAUGGGUACUGGUGCAGUUGCCAUAUCUCUUCCAUUUUCUUGUGUGUUGGGUCUCCUUUCUUCCAUGACCUCUUCAACCAUGGGUAAGCUAAGUUCCUAGAGAAACAUAUAGUAGACAGUUGAGUCUGUUAUAGGAUAUAGAAGUACUAUCAAGAAAAGUACCAAACAACUAUAAAUUGGUUCAUAUCCAUGAUGGUCGGCUCAAAUGGUAAGUUGCUUAGGUUUUAUCCAGGAGGUCUUAGGUUCGAGUCCUACUUCGCCUGAUAUGUGAGGCUAGCAGGUGGUCACAUGUAUCCCAAGUUUGUGCUUCUGGGGUGGGCAAUAAUAAUAAAUAAAUAAAUAACUAUAAAUAUGCAAGUAAUAAACCUGUAGUCUGUUGAAUGGUCCCAGCUGUGGUAUUUUAUAGGUGUGGAGUUAAUCCAAUUAGAUAAUAUGAAAAAUACAAUUUAUCCACAAAAAUCAUUGUACGGGGAGGAAAUAAUUCUCCUCGUAUA